GCGCCCAUCAACCUGAACCACUACGCCACCAAGAAGAGCGUGGCAGAGAGUAUGCUGGACGUGGCGCUCUUCAUGGCCAACGCCACGCAGCUGAAGGCCGUGCUGGACCAGGGGCCCGCCUCCCAGCACUACACCGUCCUCGUCUCCCUCAUCGGCGUCUCCCUUCUCCUCCAGCUGGCCAUGGGCGUCCUCUUCAUCAUCCUCGCCCGCACGAACCUGAAUGAGGUGUCCAAGCAGCAGAGGUUGAACCACCUGAACAAUGUGGCCACUGCCCUGGUCUUCAUCACGGCGGUCAUCAACAUCUUCAUCACAGCCUUUGGGGUGCAGAAGACGACGCUCCCCCCUGCCCGGCCCACCCACGGAGCCUUUUGAGCCCA